CUUUAUAUAAUUGGCGAAUGUUUUAUCGAUUCACAUUUGGCAGGUUUGUUAAGAACACUCUUCUCUGUAGUGUGUCACAUUUAGAAUUCAUUUUUAUGUUCACUUUACAGGGACUUCACUUUGGCGUUCGACGGGUAGAUAGUGGAGGGAGCGUACGCGUGCACGAGUGCGUCGCGCGGUCACGCUGUAGUGCAGCUGCUGUCACGAGCUUGAUCCCAGGGAGCGGGGUAAAAGACCUGGAGAAUUAGAACACGCGGAAAUUCUAAGCUAUACUUCCUUUGCCGCACGAUAAAAACACCACAGCUACGCUUUGUAUCGGUAGGCUGACAACAAACAGUAAAGUGUUGUUGUUUCGCUCAACCGGUGAUAUAUUGCAGCAUUUGAACGCUAUCGCUAGCCAGCCAGCCAGCCAACCAACCAACCAGCCAGCUAGCUAGCUAGCUCGCGCUUCAGCUAGCCGUACGCCGCCUGUGACUCGAGGACAACUUAACGGCGUAUUCUCGUGCGGGAUUUUCAUCGACGCCCCCAGUUUUUGCAAUUGUUACGCUGGUCCGCAAGACAUCAAGGCCGCGCGAAGUGUUAAAUAUCGAGUACAUUCCUACCGUAGCCGUGUGUCGUGUUCUUCGCGUUUAAUCCUCGCUCGAGGAGGAUUGAAUGAAAUAGCUUGACAUAUAGCCAGCGUAAAGGUGCCAGUUAACGGGGAGGUUUAUUUACCGUGCUUCGCCUUGCUCACCGCCAUUCAGCGAACCUUAUGAUCAAUGCCAUCGAGCCUGCCACAUACUCAAAGCAACAUCACCAGAAAACACGAAAUCACAAAGUUUUCUCUUUUCUUAACGAUCGACGGACAGCGCUAAGUAGCUAGCUAGCUCGUCCUCCACUUCCAAGUUGCCCAUCGUCCUCUUCAUCGAAGAAGCUGACCAACGGCGGAUAUUUUUUACUUUCAGGCCGAGUGAAAACCUGCAGAAAUGCCGGCUGUGUCGAAAGGAGAUGGAAUGCGCGGAUUAGCCGUUUUCAUUUCGGACAUAAGGAAUUGUAAAAGCAAGGAAGCCGAGAUCAAGAGGAUCAAUAAAGAGCUGGCCAAUAUUCGCUCCAAAUUCAAAGGGGACAAAGCUCUCGAUGGCUACAGCAAGAAGAAAUAUGUCUGCAAGCUGCUCUUCAUCUUCCUGCUUGGCCACGACAUUGACUUUGGACACAUGGAGGCCGUCAACCUGCUGAGUUCCAACAAAUAUACAGAAAAGCAGAUUGGCUACCUGUUCAUCUCCGUUCUGGUCAACAGCAACAGCGAACUGAUCCGCCUGAUUAACAAUGCCAUCAAAAAUGACCUGUCCAGCCGCAACCCCACCUUCAUGUGCCUGGCGCUUCACUGUAUCGCCAACGUGGGCAGCCGGGAGAUGGCGGAGGCCUUUGCCAGUGAAAUCCCUCGCAUCUUGGUCGCUGGGGAUACGAUGGACAGUGUCAAGCAGUCAGCCGCCCUGUGUCUGCUGCGGCUCUAUAAAACUUCUCCGGACUUGGUGCUGAUGGGGGAAUGGACGUCCCGCGUGGUGCACCUUCUGAAUGACCAACACAUGGGUGUGGUUACAGCCGCCAUUUCUCUUAUCACCUGUUUGAGUCAGAAGAAUCCAGAUGAGUUUAAGACCUGCGUUUCCUUGGCAGUGUCUCGACUUAGCAGGAUUGUCUCAUCAGCCUCCACCGACCUACAAGACUACACCUACUACUUUGUCCCAGCCCCAUGGCUGUCUUGCAAGCUGCUGCGCCUGCUGCAGUGCUAUCCUCCUCCUGAAGAUGGCGCGGUGAAGGGCCGUCUGGUGGAGUGUUUGGAGACCAUCCUCAACAAGGCGCAGGAGCCACCCAAGUCAAAGAAAGUACAGCACUCCAAUGCCAAGAAUGCCAUCCUCUUUGAGGCCAUCUCCCUUAUCAUCCACUAUGACAGUGAGCCAAAUCUGCUUGUGCGAGCCUGUAACCAGCUGGGUCAGUUCCUGCAGCACAGAGAGACGAACCUGCGCUACUUGGCUCUGGAAAGCAUGUGUACGCUGGCCAGCUCAGAGUUUUCUCAUGAAGCAGUCAAGACGCACAUUGAGACUGUCAUAAACGCGCUCAAGACUGAGCGGGAUGUUAGUGUUCGACAAAGGGCAGCAGAUCUGCUGUACGCCAUGUGUGAUCGCAGCAAUGCCAAGCAGAUUGUAGCUGAGAUGCUCAGCUACCUUGAGACAGCUGACUACUCCAUCAGGGAAGAGAUGGUGCUCAAGGUAGCUAUCCUGGCCGAGAAGUAUGCUGUCGAUUACUCCUGGUACGUCGACACCAUACUCAACCUCAUCCGCAUAGCUGGCGAUUAUGUCAGCGAAGAGGUAUGGUACCGUGUCAUCCAGAUUGUCAUCAACCGUGAUGAUGUGCAAGGCUAUGCUGCCAAGACAGUCUUUGAGGCCUUGCAAGCCCCCGCCUGUCAUGAGAACAUGGUGAAAGUUGGAGGCUACAUUCUCGGAGAGUUUGGUAACCUCAUUGCCGGUGACCCCCGUUCUAGCCCCCUGGUGCAGUUCAACCUUCUUCACUCCAAGUUCCACCUCUGCUCUGUGCCGACUCGUGCCCUGCUGUUGUCGGCCUACAUCAAGUUUAUCAACUUGUUCCCAGAGACCAAGGCCACGAUUCAGGAGGUUCUUCGCUGCGAUAGCCAGAUUCGCAACUCUGACGUGGAGCUCCAGCAGCGUGCCGUGGAGUAUUUGAAGCUCUCUUCUAUCGCCAGUACCGAUGUCUUGGCCACUGUUCUGGAGGAGAUGCCUCCUUUCCCCGAGAGGGAGUCUUCAAUUCUGGCUAAACUGAAGAAGAAAAAGGGGCCUGGUGCCGUGUCGGUGACAGACCUGGAGGACAGCAAAAGGGAGGGCGGGGAGCUGAACGGAGGCGGUGAUCGGGGUCCAGACACAUCAGCAAUGGUUGCCUCCAAUGCUUCCACCCCAUCACCAUCAGCAGACCUCCUUGGGAUUCGAGCCGGGCCGCCUGUUGGCACUGCUCCAACCAGUGCCGGCAGCCUAUUGGUGGAUGUGUUCUCUGAAGCAGGGCCCGCCGCACCCUCUGCUGCGGUUCACGACGACGGCUUUCUAAGAGAUCUGGAACAGCCCACCGAGACCUCUGACUCCUUUUUGGUGGAGGGUUCUGGUGACUCGGACUCUGCUCCUCCCUCUGAGGAUCCCGCUCCCCCUCUGUCUGAGGCCGAUGAACUCCUUAACAAGUUUGUGUGCAAGAACAACGGUGUUUUGUUUGAGAAUCAGCUCCUACAGAUUGGCAUCAAGUCGGAAUAUCGUCAAAAUCUUGGGCGCAUGUACUUGUUCUAUGGGAACAAGACGUCGGUGCAGUUUGCCAGCUUCGCCACCACAGUCAGCUGUCCUGGAGAGCUCCAGUCCCAGCUUAACGUUCAAACCAAACCAGUCGAACCACUGGUAGAGGGAGGCGCCCAGAUCCAGCAGGUCCUCAACAUCGAGUGUCUGACUGACUUUUCCGAUGCUCCGCUACUCAACAUUAAGUUCAGAUAUGGAGGCGCUCUGCAAAACUUGACCCUCAAGCUGCCCGUCACCAUCAACAAGUUUUUUCAGCCUACUGAAAUGUCCUCCAAUGAUUUUUUCCAGCGUUGGAAACAGCUUAGCCAGCCUCAGCAAGAAGCACAAAAGAUUUUCAAGGCCAACCACAGCAUGGACACAGAAGUACUCAAGGCUAAGCUACUGGGAUUAGGAGCGGCCUUGCUGGACAAUGUCGACCCAAACCCGGAGAACUACGUGUCUGCUGGAGUGAUCCAGACCAAGGGUCAGCAGGUUGGCUGUCUGCUAAGACUGGAGCCCAACGCCCAGGCACAGAUGUACCGACUGACUCUGCGCUGCAGCAAGGACUCUGUGUCGAGGCGCCUCUGCGAGUUGCUGGCCCAACAGUUCUAGAAUGGCCAGAGUUCCAGAACUUUAUCAAGACCAGUACUCCCACCUCCCCCCCCACCAGCGAGCCCUUCCCUCUCAAGCCACAUUUCUCUUCCUCCUCUCCCAACAAUAAGGUUCUUUAUUACAAAAAAAAACACAACAACAACAAGGUGUAACCUACAUAAGGGAAAAAGCAGUCACUGUUAGCAGCGGUGACCAUAUUAUUGUCAUUAUUCUAAUUCAAGUUCAUCUUCAGUUUGUUGAUUAACAUGAUGCUACAUUAUCGUUUUUCUUUAUGGUGUUUACCUGUGUAGCCGGUGUAUGCGACCAAGACGGUGCGUGUGCGUGUGUGCGUGCAGCCCACAGUGUGCUGUGGUCCUAUUCUGCUUUAUCCCUGGCUGUUCUGUAUUCCCGAUGCUAUAUGUACAGUGUGUGUGCGUAUUUGUGUGCGUGUGUGUUUGAUUUCUUCCGAUCAAAUGGAAGAUCAUUCCUCGAAGACAAAUGGGAGACAGUAUUCGUCAGGCCCAUUCUCUCCUGUCUCAUUCACACGCACAUUGACACAGCCCAUUGCACAAGCGGUUCCUUGUGACCCUCGUCGGGUCCAAUAAUGAAGGGAGACCUGAAGGUCCAGCACUCUCAUUUCAAGCAUUCCCCAUGAUCAUAGGCCAGUGAAAUUGCACUUAAAGGCUUUUGGGAUCCUCUGUGAGAGCCUCCGGCAUGAGCCCCCCACCCAAUUAGUGUGAAUCGGCGGAAUCCUCUCUAAGGAGUAAACCCUACAUUUCAAUGACCUAGAUGGUUUGUUUGUUUGUUUAAUGUGUCUGUAAAUAUGCGACAGUGUUUUACUUGAUUGCCUUCCUAGACAUUCCCAUCUGGCGAUUGGCUUCGAUGAUCAAGCCCAGGCUGCCCAAUGGCAGCAAACGGGAUGGCGGGUGACUGACACGGGGUCGACUUUUUCCCAGUUGAAACAGUAAGAAGGACUUCUCUCAGCCGCUGUCCAGCUGGAACAUUCAAAUCUGCUCGACAAGCCUCCUUCAACAUUGUUUAUGAAGUGAGACCUAAUUGUCUUUUUGAGACAUGCCUUCUCCAGUUUUUUUUAAAGCUUCAUUUCCUAGGAUACUAUAUUCAAAUGCUGUCUUUUGGCCAUCAGAUAAAACGGUCCUCAAGUACGCCGAUAUUGAUUUGAUGUACCGCUCCAAAGUACAUUCGGAACAUUCUCUCCAUGAAGGCAUGCGCUGCCGCAAUAAGUGCAACACAAACAGUCAGGAAUCAGGGGCCCCUUGUCUUCUAGCAUCGUGAAUCCAUGCACGUCCAAAUAUUUCGGUCACAUAUAUCCACAGCUUUGAUAUUCUUUCUUGGGCUUCCCCUCGCACACCCGAGCGGUAGCGACAUUGUGGAAGACUAAAUAGAGUUGUCCAUCAUAAUGACAGCGGAUCCCGUUUGUAUGAGAAUUUGAACAAGGCUGGAAGCAGAUAAGAAGAAAUCCUUUCGACAUUUUGGAGACAUCGUCACAUGACAAGAUGCGGCUGCAGAGAAAUCACAAAAUAUUGGAGUGGAAAGCCGCGUCCAUCCUUUUUUAAAUUUUUUUUUUUUUUUGGGGUGGGGGGGUGUCAUUCUGUGAGCGUGUGUUUGUGUGUGCGUGUCUUUGCAGUAUCCACUAGCUAAUGCAGCCUCAUGUAUUGAUGUUUAAAAAAAAAAAAAGAAAAAAAUGUCCACUACCUGUGUUAGAAUUAAGAUUUACUCUGUAAUGAAAAAUGUGAAAGUAAAACUAUGCCAUAUAUCGAAAA